UCGCCACGACCGACGACCACGACACGUCCGUUCAUGGCCCUCUCCGCCCGUCUGCCUUUGUUUCCGCUCUUUCUGCUGUUCUCGUUGAUUGCGUGUGCAAAUGCCCUCCAUUUCUAUCUCGACACAAAUGAAAAACGGUGCUUUGUCGAGGAACUUCCUACUGAUACAGUCGUAGAUGGACACUAUAGAGCACUUGAGUGGUCAGAAAAAGAACAAGCAUAUAUCGAGAAUCCCGAGCUAGGAAUCCUAGUUGAGGUGGACGAACUCGAGACAAGUCAUAACGUCGUGAAGACACGCGGUCCUCCGGAAGGACGGUUCACAUUCACGUCGCACGACGCAGGAGACCACGCUAUCUGCCUUUCCGCAUCCUAUCCCUCCUCCGGGUCGUGGUUUGGCUCAACACACAUUCGGUUGUACCUCGACAUCGUUGUUGGUGCUACUAAGCCCGACACAGAACAUGACCGAUCACACAUUUCCGAGCUUUCGGCUAAACUUCGCGAUUUGAACCAGAAAUUGGAGGAUAUUCGGAGAGAACAGCAGUAUCAGCGCGAGAGAGAGGCGAAUUUCCGCGACUUGAGUGAGGCCACAAACAGUCGCGCAGUGUGGUAUAGCGUAGCGCAAAUUGUCGUAUUGGUCCUCACUUGUGCGUGGCAAUUGAGGCACCUGAGGCGCUUCUUCGAGGAUAGAAAAAUGCACUGAUGACUGUAAUCGCUACGUCUCUAUGGGGCUUGGAGACAAAUUCUGCGAGUUGCUUCAUAAGCUUGCCAAUUCUGGUGAUGCUCGACGACACACAACCCCACCGUCACAUAUUAAUUUCGUCAAAUGGGUAAGAUCGCGACAUUGAUUAUGAAAACUCUGCAGCCCAGCAGCUUGGAGGACCCCUGCUAAUGGCAUCGGCU